CCCAUGUUUAUUUUCAUCUUGAAACAGAUUCUGCGAGUUAUUAAAUAAUGUUUAAGCUAGGGGUUUUACUAAUCUUGGCCGUCAUCGUGGUCUUCACCCAGAGCCUUCCCGUUCUGGAGGAAAGCAACAUGGUGGCGGAAUGUCUGGCCUCUAAUAAUAUCAGCCAGGCCGAGUUCCAGGAACUCAUAGAUCGCGCCAGUUCCGAAGAGGAUGAUAUCGAAAACACAGAGCGGCGGUACAAGUGCUUUGUCUUCUGCCUGGCCGAAAAGGGAAAUCUUUUGGAUUCCAAUGGCUACUUGGAUGUGGAAAUGAUCGACCAAUUUGAACCUGUGAGCGAUGAACUUCGAGAAAUUCUCUACGAAUGCAAAAAGUUGCACGACGAUGAGGAAGAUCACUGUGAAUAUGCAUUUAAAAUGGUGACUUGUCUGACGGAAAGCUUGGAGCAGAGCGAUGAGGUCACCGAAGCGGAGAAAAAUUCAAACAAAUUAAAUGAAUAAUCGAACAAAAACUGGUUAAGCUACUUAAACGCAAUUGUUUUGCGCCAGUGGGAAAUUCACAAGCAACUCUUUAGUUUCAUUUCAACAAUGUUCACCUACAGACUUGUAUUUAUUGCGCCUCUGAUAUUGGUUUUGAUCAGCAUAGUUAAGGUCUGCUUGACUUAUUUAUCCGCAUAUUAUUUUGGUAUUCUAAAAUAUAAUUUUAUAGGCCCGCCA